CAGAGCUGAAGAUGUUCGCCUCCAUUGUCUCCCUCGCCGUUGCCUUGACGCAAAUCACCCAGGUUGCUGCCCAUGGUGGUGUCCUAAGCUACAAGAUUGCCAAUUCUUAUUACAAUGGUUUCGUACCAUACAACACCCCAGUUGGCCAGAGCUCUAUCCAGCGCGAAUGGGACAGCUACAACCCUAUUACCAACCCGGUUGACCCAUCCCUUUCGUGCAACAUCAAUGGCGCAACUCUGACGUUGCAAAAAUCUGCCACGGUGCCCGCUGGCUCCUCCGUCACUGCAUACUGGAACCAAUGGCCUCACACCAUCGGCCCGGUCAUGGUCUACAUGGCCAAGUGCCCCUCAACCUGUAGUUCUGCCACUACUUCCACUCUUGAAUGGUUCAAAAUAGACCAGGCUGGCCUGAUCUCAGGUACCCUGUCUACGGGCCUCUGGGGUAUGGGAGAACUCGUCCAAAACAACAAUUCCUGGACAACAACCAUUCCGGGAUCCUUGGCGCCCGGCGAGUACUUCAUCAGGCACGAGUUGUUGGCAAUCCACACCCCCGACCAGCCCCAGUUCUAUCCCGAAUGCGCACAACUCAUCCUCACUGGCGGUGGCAGCGCAUCUCCACCAGCAAACUACCUAGUCAAAUUCCCAGGCGCUUAUUCUGCAUCCGACCCCAGCGUCACUAUUGACAUCUACACCAACGCUAACCAAGCUGUGUCUAACUACACCAUCCCGGGACCUGCUGUCUGGCACGGAUGAAGAAACUCGACAAGUGCGACAGGUCGAGAAAAGAUGUAUUUGUUCCAAUGUCUACGACUUUUACUCUUAAUGAAAUGACCCUGCUUUCCUUUCUGAUGCGCACCGUUUAUAUUUGCUGGUUCAUAAGAAUGACCUUCAAACCCUCCCUUUUCAUCGCAUA